GGAGAAUACAAAUCGAAAAAAUUUUAAAUACUUUGAAAUAAUUAUGGACCAGCCUCCAUUAUGUGACGAUCAAGUGGACCAACAAAAGAAAAAUAUCAAUCACAAAGACUCUAUUUAGUUCCAAAACUACCCCUUCAAUCACUUCUCUUAAUCAUAGAUCCUCUUCAUCAAAUUUCACACCAACAAAAAUGGUGGACACGGCGGAGCAACCGCCUUAUGCCUCCGUACACGACGGAAGAGAAAGCAUCUUCAAGAUCCACAUUGACAAGAUGCAUAAGAAGCUGAAGGAGCCACCGCGGCUGCUCAGCUCGGCCGCCGGAAAACCAACUUGCUCGAUCUUCCGAGUACCUCAGAGCAUGAUUGAUUGUAACGGCCGAUGCUACGAGCCGCGAGUGGUCUCGGUGGGACCGUACCACCGAGGCCAAACGCACCUCCAAAUGAUUGAAGAACACAAAUGGCUUUACCUAAACACUCUUCUCACUCGAACCCACCAAACAAAAUCUUUAACUCUAGAGGAUUACAUGAAGAACGUGAAGAGCGUCGAGGAAGAGGCCAGAGAGUGUUACUCCGAGUCAAUCAACAUGGAAUCUGACGAGUUCAACGAGAUGAUGGUUCUUGAUGGCUGUUUCAUUCUUGAGCUGUUUCGUAAAGUCAGCAAACUUGUUCCUUUCGAACAAGACGAUCCACUCGUGGCCAUGUCGUGGGUUCUUCCUUUCUUCUACAGAGACUUUAUCCGUAUUGAGAAUCAAAUCCCUUUCUUUGUUCUCGAGUCUUUGUUCGACCUCACAAGAGGAGAUAACGAAAAAGAGACCAACGCUUCUUUACCUUCUCUUGCGUUUGCGUUUUUCAACAACACGAUGCACAGAACAAGCGAAGACAUCGCAAGAUUCAAAGACCUAGGAGCUAAACACCUCCUAGACCUCGUCCGUUCAAGCCUCAUCCCGGAGAGCGAGCUUCACGCGCCUCCGGUGACAAAUCAGGGGAAGAAGAAGACGCCGUCCAACAUCAUCCACAGCAUCUCGAAGCUCAGGCGAGCCGGGAUCAAGAUCCGGGAGCUAAAAGACGCAGAGAGCUUUCUUGUCGUGAGAUUCACGCACGGAGCGAUCGAGAUGCCGAGCAUCACCGUCGACGACUUCAUGAGCAGUUUCUUGCAGAACUGCGUGGCUUACGAGCAGUGCCACGUGGCGUGCUCGAUGCAUUUCACGACGUACGCGACGCUGCUAGACUGUCUGAUGAACACUCACAAGGACGUUGAGUAUCUAUGCGACCACAACAUCAUAGAGAACUAUUUUGGAACAGAAGCAGAGGUUGCUGAGUUCGUGAACAGUUUAGGCAAAGACGUUGCGUUCGAUAUAAGGCAGUGUUAUCUCAGGGAUUUGUUUGAACAAGUGAAUGAGUAUUACAAGAGUAGUUGGCACGUGGAAUGGGCUAGUUUCAAGUACACUUAUUUUAGUUCUCCUUGGUCUUUUGUCUCUGCUCUUGCUGCUUUUGUUCUUUUGAUCUUGUCUAUUAUUCAGACUAUUUACACUAUUGUCCAGGUGUAUCAAAAGUAAUUAAAUUCAAUUUCGCUUAUUGCAAAAUAAUAAAAAUUAUAAUCUAUUGGUAUGA